UUCUUGAUGGUUGGACGAGUGGAUUACACCAUUCUUAUUAUACAUUUGUUAUUAUUACUCUUGACAGACAUCAAUAUGUCCAUUCUGUUCAAGAUUUUUUUUCUUAUUCAUAUACUGGAAGUUUUAUAUCAAAUGAAAUCAUUAAAAUAAUUGAAGAAAUUGGUCCAAAAAAAUUCAAAGCUGUUGUUUCAGAUGGUGCUAUUGCGAUGCAGCUGGCAAAAAGUCUUGUUGCUCAAAAAUAUCCUUAUAUUAUACCAAUUCGUUGUAUCGCUCAUCAUAUUCAACUAAUAGCGGUGGAUAUUAUUAAGAAAACUUCUUUUGGGUCGCAA